UAAUAUGGUCGAAGAAGAAACACGUAGGUAUCGUCCAACAAAGAAUUAUCUCGAACAUCUGCCGGCUUUAAAUUUGCAUGCAUUUGAAACUGAUGUCAUAAGAACAGAAUUUGAAAGACUACAAGCACGAUUACCUAUGGAAGUAUUAAGUAUGAAAAGGUAUGAAUUGCCUCAACCACCAGGCGGUAAAAUGACAGAUCUGGCGGCAUGGACGGAAUGCGUCGAAAAUUCGAUGGCACAGUUGGAGCAUCAAGCCACUCGAAUUUGCAAUUUGGAACUUAUGUGCAUCUAUGGAUGUGAAGCAUGGAAGUCAUGCAAUACUGUGUUGAUGCAAAUGGUAAAUCAGGCUCAAAAGCAGUUGCAAGACUUAAGAAAGAAAAUUUUAGAAGUUAACUGGCAGAGGAAAAACUCUCAAAAUACGGCUGGUGAAAAGCUACGGAAUUUGGAAUCUAGUUGGGUAGGUCUUGUCAGUAAAAACUACGAAAUUGAAAGAGCUUGUGCCGAAAUUGAGAAAGAAAUAAAUGCACUCGAGAAAAAAAUUGCCAAGAAGAAGACAACAUGAAGAUGUCUUAUUAUGUGGAUAUCUUAUUAUGCAAUCAUUUUGUUAAAACAUGGAUUCCCAUUGUAAAUACCAUUCUCAUUAAGGUAAUUAUUCAUUAAUAAAUUUUGCUUGUAAAUGCA